AGCUGCCUCUCCAAUGGUGAGAACGUCAUUGGUUUGGAGAAUCACAUCAAGAAGGGCAAAAAGGUCGUCACAUUCGUCAAGAUACAACACAGAUGAAUACCAUUUACCUUGGGAAGUACCAUCAAACACAGACUCAUCUCACGCCCUCAGAAACUUUCUCCGACCAAAAAUCCAGCAACUCAAAACGUUCUCCCACUUACGAUUCAAAAGACGACAAAACAUCAAGGAUAAGAUGAGCCAGGAAGAAACAAAUCUUCUGGUUAAGAUGUCUGAGAUGUUGUCGAGAACGCCAAAAUUAGGGAAUAAUGAACUCCUUCAGCGUUUACAUUGGCUGAUAAAGGGAUGUGUUAGAGUGGUUGGUUCACCUUUUGGGACUUUASAAAGUAAUUCUGCGUCUGGUUUAUUGGCAAGACGAUACAACCCGUACAAUAACUCACAGAUUAGURCCCAUCUUCACUCUCAAUCAGUUUGCAAAGAUAUGCGUCAGGAAACGACUUUUCCAGGCAAGGAGGAAAAACACAAGGAGAAAUCAGGAGAAUGCUUUGGAAUGUGUGGCAUAGAUUGUUGGUGCUGGCCGUGGGUUUGCGGCGAUUGCUGCUUGCACAAAGGCUGCUUGCAGCAUGAUAAAUGCUGCCGAGAACAUAAUUACUUGUCCGUUUACUGCUUUUGUCCGUGGGUGUUUGGUUUUAAUUGCCAGCAAGGMUACCAUGGAUUUCCAGACUGUAUGUACCAGUGAAUA